CCCACAUCUUAUGAAUUGCUUUUACACAGAGAAGUUUAUGCUUUGCUACAAGUCCUGUAACGCACGCCAUUGGCACACGACAUUGCCGCCUUAUAAGGCAUUUUAGAAUAGCCCGUAUUGCAAGAACCAGCUUCAGGUUGUAACAAAAUUACACAAGUCCUUACUGUAGAUGUCAAACCUGGACACUACCUACGUUUGGUGUAACAUCGACAUGCGGUCCGGUCCAUGAGGUCGGCGGAUUGGCGCAAAAGCCCAUGGAGGAACUGAGCGAAAAUGAACCGGCGAAGGAGGAGGGCGCCGAAGGACAGCCGGGAGAGGCGGCUCCGCCGAAGGAGGACAAGCCCAUCCGGGCAGCCCUGGCCAAUCCAAAAUGCCCCGAUCACCACUUCCCUUCCUGCCCAAUUCCCUCCUACAUCUUGAAGACCCCCUUAAGGAAACCAAAUGCCCCCUCCUCCGCCGCCGCCGGCCCCCCCUCCCCGCCCGAGUCCGCGGUGUCCCUGGAGUUCCUGCGCGCCUUCGUGCGGCGGCUGCCGGGCGGCGGCGGCGCGGACAGCUCCACCACGGUGGCCUGGGUGGUGCGCGAGAUCGUGAGGACCUCCACGGCAGCCACGAGGUGCAGCUACGCCUCCCAGCCCCUCCUGGUCCCCCGUGAGCACACCUCCACCCCCACCUGGGUGGUAGCACACCCCUGGGACAUGCCCUUCGCUGACCUGGUAGCCUCGCUGGACGCCUUCGCAUCCGGCCUGCCACCCGCGCAUACCUUCUUCUGGCUCGACGCCUUUGCGGUUAGCCAGCACAACGACGUUGCCGUACAACAGCCGGGUAGCGCUGCCGUACAAACCCCCGGCCUAACGCCCCGGUCUCCGGACCCGGCGGCGGCGGCAGGUGCCAUGCCGGUGCCGCAGUCGCCCCUGCAGGUUCAGCAGCAACAGCUGGCGCAGCAGCAGCAGGCCAUGUCCUCCAUGCUACCCAGGCACCUCUCCACAACCGGAGCAGCGGACGUCUCCUCCCCAUCCGCGGAUGCUGCUAGCGAGGGUCCGACUGCUGCUGCUGCGGGAACUGGAACGGGUGCUGACGCAACCACCGCCGGCAGCGGCGGCGGCGGCGGUGACGGCAGCAGCAGCACCGGCGGUCCCAGACUGCUUUCCGCUCGCUCCUUGGGUCGUGCCUUGCUAGCGCAGCAGCAGCAGCAGCUGGAGAGGCAGGAGCAGGCGGUGGCGGCGGCGCGGGCAGGGGUGGCGCGGGGUGUACGGCGAGAGGCGCUGGCGGCGACGCUGGCGGCGGUUCGCGCGGCGCGGUGCGGCGUGUUGCUGGUGUUGGGGCGGGAGGCUCGGCCGCUGCAGCGGGGGUGGUGUGUGGCGGAGGUGGUGGAGGCGUUGAGGGCGCAUGGACCCGAGGCGGUGACGCUGGUGCCGGCGGAUAAGUCCUUCCACAGAGCUGACCUGGUGAAACAGCUGCGGGAAUUGGACCUCUCAGUUACCGUAUCCACCGCAGACAUCCACGAACGAGACGCCCUGGCGUCCGUCCUAGGCGUGCCGCCGCCAGCGCCCCCGCCGUCGCCGCCGCGACCGGGCACCAUCGCCGCCGCUGACGCCGCCGCCGACGCCGAAGGCGGGCCCCCCUCCGCCUCCUCUGCUUCCGCCUCAUCCACCGGCAUCUCCUCCGCCGUACGACGUGGAUCGAGAUCUCCCUCGCGCCGUACUGGUGGCACCGGCGGCACCGGCAGCGUCAACUCCGCGACGGGUAUCGUGCCGGCGCGUCCUGACCCCGGGGAGGAUGAUGCGGGGGCCGCGGGUCGGGCUCUGGUACGGCAGCUUCAGCUGGCACUGCUGCUGCGACCCAUGGACGGAGCCCUACCCGCGCGCAUGCUGGGAGCUCCCGUUGUGGACAUGGCCCCCCUCGCCACCAACGCAGCCACAGCCGCAGCCUCCCGGCCCCACUACCUCGCAACCCCCACCGGGCCGCACACCCCAACCAUCGCCAACACCGCCUCAUCCCAUGCCGCACCCGCACCCCCGCCCGGCUCCCUAGCCUCCCUGGAGUGGCUUUGGGACUGGUCCCCCUUCGCCGCUUGGCUGGCCCUGCCGCCCUCCAACCCUGCAUGGCGCGCUCUGCUGCUGACCGCCCCUCCCGGAGCCGGGAAAACCACCGCUCUGGCGUCGCUGAUGGCCACGCCGACCCACGGGUCAGUCGUGGCCGCCUGCCACUUCUGCAGCGCUGCGGACGCGCGCUCCAUGGCGGCAGGCGAGGUGGUGCGCAGCUUGUCGUACCAGCUGGCGUGUCGCUCGCCGGGAUUCGGAGCGGCUUUGUGCCGGGCGAUUCUUGAUAGCGGAGCUGGAGGUGGAGGAGGAGGCGGGUGCGGCAGCACGGUGGGCUUGGGGCUGGGCCUGGUGCCGGACGGCUGGCUGCAUGGCGUGGAGGAGGUGGUGGAUGCGCUGCUGCGGAAGCCACUGGAGCAGGACGCUGAGGCCCGGGCUGAGCGAGGAGAGGCGCCCAUUACGUACGUCCUCCUCAUUGACGGACUGGACGAGGGACCCGCCACGGCGGCAGUGGCGGCGGCGGCAGCCGCCGCCGCCGCGACGCCAGCGUGGCCGGGCGUCACCGACCCGCGACUGACCCAUGGGUCAUCCCUGCCCUCUGGACCCGGGCCUUACGAGGUACUUCAUCUAGUGGCGUACCACCUCCGCCACUUACCUGGGGUGCGUCUCGUGCUCUCAUGCGCUAGCAGUAGCGCAGAUGAAGCCGUUGGCGAUAAUGCUGGCGGCGCGACGCCUGCGCCAGCGGCGGUGGCGGCGCCGCCGCCACCAGCGCCGGCACCGUCGGCGUUUCCAUCGCCGCCGUACGCCUUGUCGCCUCCGCUGGUGGUGGCCCCGCGCGGCGCCGCUGAGGCCUGCGGCUCGGUGUUGCUGGCGUUACGUCGGCUCAUGCGAUGUGUGGAGGUACCCCUAGGGGCGCUGCGGAGGGACAAGUACCUGCCGCUUGCGCUGGCCUUCUUGCUGCAGGAAUACGUGUUGAGUCCGGAGCUCACGUCUCGCGAGCUGCUGUGGCAGGCUCGCGGCUGCUUGGCCCACGUGGCCAUCCUGCAGCUGCUGGUGCAACACGCGGCGGAGUCCCUGGGGCCAGCGGGCGGACUGAUGGACGGAAGCGCCGCCGCUGCUGCUGCAGCUGCCGCCGCUGCCACGACAGUGGCGGCGGCAGCGGCUGCGGUGGCCGCAGGGCCGCAGAUAGGAGGUGCUCAACUGCCGCAACCGCAGCAGCAGCAGCAGGCGGGGACGAAGCGGGAGGAGAGCGAGCCGGCGGAUGUGCCGCCACGGCCGCGGACGCCGCCGCCUCAGGAGCCCUCACCGCAGCGGCCCACGAGCCAUGGAGCGGAUGAGGAGCUGCUUGUGACUGCAGCCGUGACGGAGCCGGAUGUGAAGGCGGGAGGGAAAGGGGGCAGCGGGGCGGCGGGGGAAGCGCCGCUUCCGCUGCUGCCGCCGCCGCCCUCCCCGCCGCGGGAGGCUGCGAGGCUGGCGGAGCCGCACAGCGGCUCCGGAACCAUUGCCGUACAUGUCGUACCGCAGGCCUCCAGAGGCAGCCUUUUGGAUGAGUACGGCAUCCUAUGGCAGGUCCGUACGGCAGAACUGCAACAGGCGGUUGCGGUUGCGCUGUUUAAAAUCGAGUACGAACGCGCUCAAGAACGGCUGCGGCGUUCGAACAGCAGUCGGAGGCGUCGAGAGGCCGGCGUCCCGGACAUGACGCCGGGGAGCAGCAGAGGCAGCAGAGUCGGCGGCGGCGGCCCUGGCGGCCCUCGCUUGCCUCCGGCGGCCGUCCCUCGUCGCAUGCAGCUGGCACAGCGCUUCGAGUCCUUCUCGCUAGCGUCGCUGACGGCGCCGCCGCCGCUGCCUCCACCGCAUCCGCCGGAGCGAGCGGCUCGCCUGCAACUCAUCCUCGACACGCUGGCGGCGGCGUCGGAGCCGCUAGAGUGGGGCGUGUUGGCACGCGUCGUACAGUCGAAUGUAAUUCAAGCCAUUACCGCCGCCGCCAGCGGCGGCGGCGGCAGCGCUGGAGGCGCCGCCGGCCGCGACAGCUCUGCACUCGGUUCUGCGGGUGGCAGCGGCGGCGGGGGCAACCGCUGGCAGACGCUGCGCAGCGGCUUGUCCGCGGCGUCGGCCUUCAAGCAGCAGCUUGGCAUGUCACCUGGCGACAUCAAUCUCGUGUCUCGGGGCUCUAACACGAAUACCGGCACGGGCAGUCGGCUGGCGUCUCGAAGCGGCGGUGUGCAUUACGCGACGUCCGCGACUGACAGCAUGGAGGGCGCUAGCAGCGAUCCGGACGACGAGGACGAUGCUGACAGCGACUUGGAUGAUACUGAUGAGGCAGAUGAGGCUGAUGGUGAAGGCGAGAAGGGAGAGGGGGGUGAUGGGGAUGAGGAUGAAGAUGAGGAUGACGUCAGCAGUGAGUGGGACGACGGAGGGCGCGACGCGGCGCUGUACAGCGCCCCGCAGCAGCGACUAGAUCGCGAUCAGCAGCAGCGAGCGGCGAUAGCGCUGCGAGACCUGGAGUGGGCGCUGCAGGGCCCUCUGGCGGGUUUGAUCUGGACCACCGGCUGUGGCAAGAUCUCGGUACGACACUCCUCCUUCCUACACUGGCUGCGUCGUGGCGGCAACGGCAACAGCGCCGCCACCGUCGUCACCUCCACCUCCGGCGGACCUCCUUCCACACCGGGUGGCGUCGUACAGGCACCCCUGCUGGGCGUUCCUCGGAUGCAGUCGGGCCAUGCCGCACUUGCACGGGUGCUUCGCAUGCAGGUAUCCUCCGGUCGCGCGACAGCCCUGGGCGUGCUGGCAACCGCCGGACCCGCCAAACCCGGCAGCAGCUUCAGCACCCGGGGCGGCGGAGGCCCCUUCGCGGUCUCCGGCGGUUCAACUUCCUCCGCAGCCUCGGCGGCGAUCGCGGCGUCGGCGGCGGCAGCCGCCGCCGCCGCAUCCGCCGGCCCUGGCGGCCCGCGACCGACCGCGCUGUCCAUGCUACCCGGCUCAGCAGCGGAGGAGUUCGCUGCGUGUUGUCCGCAGGCAUCUGGCUACUGCCUAAGACAUGUGGUAGCGCACUGCGCUAAGGGACGUGUGCCGGUGGCUGAGCUGGAGGCCCUACUUAUGGACUUGGAUUUCUGGCGGCAGGUGUUUGAGGGCGGGCAUGUAGAAGUGCUGGCGACGUCCCUGGAGCACAUUCUCCGUACACGCGGCCCGCAUUCGCGUACGGCACAGUCGCUGCCGCUGGCGGCGUCAGCGACGCCGUCGGCGCCGCGAACGCCGCCCGCCGGCGCAGCGGCGGCAGCGGUUCGCGGCAGCAGCGGCGCAAACGCCGUCAGCUCGCGGUUCAGCCCGUCCUUCGUCUCAGCAUCCGCGGCCGCCGCCGCCGCGGCGGCGGCGGCGGUAGCGGGGGCGCCAGCGUCGCCCGUCGGGGGCGGCCGCGAGCUCUCCUUCAACCAGCCUCCAGCCGCGGCAGCUGGCGCUGGCGCUUUCUCCUUCACCAAACCUCCCGCGGCUUCUGCAACAACAGCCAGCGGCGGGCUGUCCUUCACACUUGCAAGCCACCUAAGGUCCCCGGCAUAUCGAGGCAGUAGCCGUACCGGCGACUCCGCCGCCCAGGUUGCCGCUAGCCUGGGCUCACCUAGCUUCAUGGGAAGCCGCGCGGGCUCUCGCUCCCGAGAGGGCUCCAGAGGCCGGCUGUCAGCCGCUGCGGUAACGCUGCUAAAGGACGCGUUGUUGUGGCUGCUGGAAAACGGACUGCGGCUCUGGCGGCGGCCGGAGCCGCUGCCCAUAGCCUGCGGCGCUAGCUGCGCGCCGCUGCACUCGCCGUUCAGGCGUCUAGCGGAACAGAUGUGUUCGGGAGCCGCUGCAGCGGCGGCGGCAACGGCUGGCGGCGGGAAUGGCUCCUUCAGCGUCAACCUAAACCCCAACAACAAUGGCGGAGGUGGCGGAGGCGGCAGCCGCUACGGCCUGCCGCCCGCCGCGGGCGCCGCCGGCGCCUCCGCCGCCGACGGCUCCUUUACCCUCAAUUUCAACGCAAACGGCAGCACCAGCAACAACAACAGCAACAACACUUAUGGUUCCGGCGCCGGUGCCGGUGCCAGCGGCGGCGGCGGCAGCCGCUUCGCCCCGACGCCCGGUGCGGCGCCGCCAGCCGCCGGCAAACCUCCUCCCGCCGGCACCCCCGCGGCACGCGGCGGCUUGACGGCGCUGCAGCACAUGGAGAGCGUUCGCGGCACGCGCAGCAGCCCCGGUGCAGUGGACCGGCCUGCGGCGGCGGCGGCGGAUGUGUGGGUGCCUCCAUGCUACGUCACCACGCUGCCGCACCCGCGGACCUGGUCAGCUGCGCUGCGGGCUGCGGAGUGCCCGCACCGGGUGUCCCGGCUGCUGAUCAGUCCGGAUGGGGAGGUGGCGCUGGCCACCGGGGAGUGGACUGCGCAGGCUUCCCUGGUGGACAUCCACAGCGGCCGCCGCACCGCGCAGAUCGAGGCCACAACCGUCGACGAAGCGGACGAAAUAGAAGCAGCCGGCGUCGCCGCAGCCCUCGAAGCAGCCACCGAAGCGGCUGCUGCCGUAGCAGCUGCAGCGCUGAAAGCCGGCGGCUCGCCCGUGCUCCUUCCCCAGCACUCCCAGCACCCACACUCCCGCGCUCCCAGCGCGCACCCCCACCUGCAUUCUCCCUCCCGAGCUCCCAGCGCCCAUCCCCACCUCUACUCCCCUUCUCGCGCCCCCAGCGCGCACCCCCACACCCUCCUCUCCUCCUCCUCCCGAGCUCCAAGCGCCCAUCCCAACCUCCAUUCCCAGUCUCGCGCGCCCAGCGCGCACCCCCACCCAUCGCUCCACCGCUCCCUAUCCCGCGCUGCUAGCCUGCACCCGCACUCCUUCCACCACCCCCCCGACCCUCCGGAACCACCUCCGCCCCCACCCGUCCACCAUGCAGCCCUCACCUCCGCCGUCUUCUCACCAGACCGCCGCUUCCUAGCCACUGUGGGUGCCAUUCCGGGCACCAUAACCCUGUGGGACCCAGCCACCGGCGCCCUACGCUCACACCUUUACUUCAACGAGAGCAAAGCCAAGACUGAUGGGCUAGGUGAAGGCAGCAACGCAGAAGGUACGGGCGACGGUGACGAUGGAAACACGGGCUUGGACCGCGUCGGCACUCGGAGUGUGAGCGCUGGAGGCAGUCCGCUGCGAGGUGGGCUGCGGUCGCACACCAACACCGGCACCGGAACCAGCACCGGAACCGGCGGAGACGCCUCCGAAGCCACCUUUCGGAGUCACCUGCACCGCGAACGCUCAUCCACACACACCCUCGCCGUCCGCUCGCAGCAAUCGCAAUCACAACUACAUGUGCACAACACCGCCCCUGCUCGCUCCAACCUACACAACAGUGACUCCACCACGACCGCCAACCCCCACCAGCAGCACCACCUUUCCUACGCGGAUUCCGCCGCCUUUGAUGAUGACACCGCCUCCCGCGGUGACGGUCUGGGCCGAGAGACUUCCUCCGGCUUGGGUGCGGAGGAUGAGGACGACGUGCCGUACGUCACCUGCAUUCGCCUGCACGCACCCGGCCCGGACGCCUGCGUCUCAGCCUACGGUGCGGAUCCAGCCGCCAUGCGCAUGAUCCCCGCCGCCCUGGCUCCCUACUCCAACGUCCCUGACACCUCACCGGCUACAGCCGCCGCAGCUGCAGCGGAUGGCGCCGCCAUCGCCACCGCGCCUGCAAUUAUGCGUGGAAGUGUGUUGCUAGCGGCAGGUGGAUCUGCCGGCUCACGUGUGGUGUUGUGGGCUGUGUCGCCGGACGGCAGCAAGGCGGUUCGUACGGCGGAGCUGGUGCCGCCGGCGCCUGGCGGUGGCGCCGUGACCCAUGGGUCGUCGUCGUUUGAGAGCGGCGUGGCGGUGUUGGAGUUUGCUGCGGGCGGUCGGGCGCUGCUGGUGGUGCAGGGGUGUAGCUCGGAGGUCCGCGUGUGGAACAUACAGUCACGCAACAUCACCGCCGUACUGCGUCUGCCGGCCAGUUGCGGAGAGAUCUUCGCACUCCACUUCGCAGCGCACCCUACCCUGUCAGUCACGGCAGUAACAGCCGCCAGCGCCGCCGCAGGCGGCGUCGGUGACGGCGCCACAGGCGCCGCCGCCACCACCACCAACAGCAUCAGCGGCGGCGGCACCAGCUCCACCACCUGUGAUACGCUUCUGGCCGCUGUGUGUACCAAUUCCACGGAGCUUUGGAGUUUGGAGCGACGCAAGGCCGUAGCGACGUUACCCAUCGGCGCCGGCACCGACGGCGGCCGCACCUGGGCCGAAUCCUGCGUCGCCUUCAGCCCCGCGGGUGGUCUGCUUGCCACCGCUGGCGCGCUGUUUGCGUCCUUUGGCACCAGCGGCUUCACCGGCAUUGACCCGGCGGCGGCGGCGCUGCUGGAGGCAGCGGCGGCGGCGGUGGGCCACGUCGAUCGCUGCGCUGCGACGCUAUGGGACGCCCGAAGCGGCGCUAAAGUAGCUCAGAUGCGAGGCAUGCGAGGGCCCGUGGCGGCGCUGACGUUUAGCCCCGACGGGGCGCUGCUGGCGACGGCGGCGGGUUCGUCGGUGAUGCUUUGGUCCGCCGCCUCCGCCGCCUGUCUUGCCGUACUGCCGCUCGGGGAGCAGGCGGCGGACGUGCCGGCGGUGGCGUUUGGUCGCGGCGGCGCGGUGCUGCUGGCGGCGGGGAACGGCGGCGUGCUGACGUGGGAUGUGUCGCUGGCUGUGGCGGCGGCGGAGGCUGGCGGAGGCGGCGGAGGCGGCACGAGUACCUCCGCCACACCCACGGGUGGAGCUGCUGCCGCGGCUGGCGGCGGCGGCGGCGCCGCCGCCAGCGGCGCUGGUGGCGGCGCCGCUAAUCCGCUGAAGCGGCUCGGCAGUUUCGGUACCGGCCGCGGCAGCAGCAGCAACACCAGCGGCGGAAUGAAGGGAUCUGGGGUGGCGGCGGACCGGGGAGGUCACACGGACCGAGUGGCGGCGGCGUGUUUCAGCCCGGAUGGCUCGCUGGCGCUGACGGGCGGUCACGACAACACUGUACGGCUGUGGGAUGUACGGCGACAGGCGGAGGUGGUUUCGGUGGAGCAGCCGGGAGGAGUCAUGGGCAUCGCCUGGAGCCCCGACGGCAACCUCAUUGCCGUCGCCCUCUCCAACGGUACGGCAAUCGUGUGGCACGCGUACGGCGCCGACUCCGCCGUCGCCGCCACCAAGGGUGACUUUGCGUCGUACGAGGCGGCGCGCUUCGAGUGCACCGACGGCACCAUCGCCGUGAGCUCCGUCAGCUUCAGCGUCGAUGGAUCCAUGCUCGUCACCGCCGUCGGAGACGGUACGGCAACCCUGUGGUCAACGCGAGAGUGGACCAAGGUUGGGAAGGUGACGCCGAAGCUUCGAGCGGUUGUUCCCGGCGCCGCAGGCGCCGUUGGCGGCGGAGCCGCCUCCAGCGGCUCCGCCGCUGCGGCGGCUGCCGCCGCCGCUGCCGGUACCCCUAUCGCACAGUAUUACGGAGCCACGAUGAGUGCGGACAACAGGUGGUUGUUGUUGGGUCAUGGUCGGGAGGUGCUCAUGUGGAACGUACGGGUGAAGCGCGAGGCGUAUCAGCGGUUGGGACCGCACGGGUCGCUUGUGUCGGCUAUCGCUGCCAGUCCACAGGGUAAGAUCUUAGCGGUGGGCUCAGGUCCCGUGGUCACGAUCUGGGGCCGGCCGGAGCCCGGCAAGGGCGGCGUCAUUCCUCCGGGCGCUGAGGCCACGCCGCCACCUCCCUUUGGACAUCGGGACCUAACCCUGAUGGCACAUGCUGACGUCACGCAUCUGUCGUUCAAUCCUGAUGGGAUUAUGUUGGCGGCGAGUUUGAGUGAUGGGUCGAUUUCGGUGUGGGAGACGCAACACUGGAAGGAGAUUGGGUGGCUGACAGGGCAUGGGGGCGCUGGGGCGUCAUGCGUGGUGUUCAGUCCUGACUCCCGUGUGUUGCUGUCUACGGGCGGAGAUGGGCGGGUGCUGGCUUGGUCCACUCGGGACGUGUUGGUGCCGCGGGCGCAAUGGCAAGAGCUGUGAGGCUGGUUGGUUGGGGGCUGCAACGGUAACCGUUAGCAGGGCGCCGUUGAUAGGAACCGGCUUUGUAGCAAAGUAAAAUAGAUAGCAACAACUACACUUCGCUCUAGGACUGUCACUUCCUUUGAGGGAAAUUGAUACCUGAAUUGUUACUUAGCUGGAUUGUGUCGGAUGUGAUACCACACCGCGGAGCGUACACCUACCGUCUGGCCAGGGUCUGGCUGUUCGCUUGUGAGCUUUAGCACAAGUUUCUUAGCACAAGUUUCGUGGACAUCCGUGGCACUCUUUAUUCGGUAUAGGAUAUACCGGUAGAUUAGAUGGGUCGAAAGGCUGGGGGCCCGUCUAGUAGUAGCAGUAGUCGUAGAGGGCACAGGGCCCCGGGUGUGCGGACGCGGUUGUGGAAGGCGUCUAGUCUCAGCCCGGUGUCACUUCUGCGUCGUCGGAGUGUGGCCGCCGACACAGUUGAGGUAAUUUUUGAAGGGGGGGCAGUAUCGGUAUGCACGCUGCGAAAGCUGUAGGAUCGGGUAGGUAGACUGCACCUGCCGGUGUUCGACAUCCUCGUGUGUUAAAAUACCGGUAACCAGGCCGCGAGGCGGAACGUACUGUGAUCUUUUAGUUGGACAUGGUACUUUCGUUUCCUGAAAUUGGCAACUGGGUAAUUGUGUGGCGUCGUCGUCACUGUACAUGCAUGGGAUUGGGGCGUCCGGAUGACCACCUGCCCUUCGUCCGUAGACUGCAUGGUACCUGUAGGCUAUAGCGCCACGUGGCUGCAAGGAAAAGCGCUGUUAGCAACGCUACUUUCCAUAUCUGGCAAGGACAGGAUGUCUGGUUGGCUGCCAAGCCUGCGUUGUACGUUGCGUUAAAGAGCCGGGCGGUGUAUGUGAGCGGGUUAUGGCACAACUUGCCUCCCCCCAUUGCUGUACUACUCCCACGCCAUA